ACACAGUGACAUCAUUGUCUUGGCCUCCGGGUGGAAAACACGAGAUUGAAAGGGAAUAGGGACUGUUUUGAAACCAUGGAAUAAAGAAAACCGCACAAGCCCCGGAGUCUGUGGCGAACACUGUGCAGCCUCCACACCCACUGCAGGAAUCCAGAGCGGCCGGUUUCCCUCGGCAGUUAGUCAGCUGAGCUUCACUCUGCUUCUCGAACAUGGACAGGAGGUUCGAGCUGGCUGGCUUUGGGCUGGCCUGCACAGGCUGGCUUUGUGCCAUCUUCACCAAGUGCCUGCCCAUGUGGAAUGUGACCGGAACCGUGGACAACAACACGGACACUCUCGCCUUGUACUGGGACGGAGUUUGGUUGAACUGGCAGGAACUCAACAAAGGGAGCUUGCACUGCAACUUCUACAUGUCUUUGCUGUCCCUAGCCGGCAGCUUUCGCUCUUGGAAUGCCCUGCUUCUUGCCUCUAUCGUUAUGGGAAUCUUCCCUGUGGUGGGCUACUUCGUAGCUCUUGUAUGGUUUCCUCAGCGUAUACAGAUUAAGGCAGCGGCCGGGGUGGUCUUUGUCUUGACGGGACUGCUGCUGCUGGUGGUUACAUCCUGGACUACACACGCCACUUACAGCGAACUGGACACCGCUGUCCACAUAACCAAGGGCUGGGGACCAGCUUUGUACUCAGGAUGGAUGGGAACGGCGUUGCUGCUGAUUGGGGGAGGAGCACUUAGUGCCUUUUGCUGCAAAGCACCCCCACAAGAACAAAGAGGACCCAUGCAAGCGGCAGGGCCGGAACCAGACGACCCGUUCUUGGUGAUACACAGUGCUGCAUUCAAUUCAAGCCCGUACAGACAGACUACUACAUCUAUUUGAAAAACCUGCCACAAAAACAAGAACACUAUACCUUUUAUGGAAUUUUGUACUUAUGGAACUUUAGACUAAUAUAAUAUGCCUGAAAAUUGGAACUGAAGCUGCUUUGAAAGGGAAUUCCAACAACUUCUCAAACUUCCUGCACAUUUAAGGGGUUAAGAUGUAAAACAGAGUCCAUCAGAGUGGUUUGAGUGAAAUUCUCCGUUCUAGAGAAACAUACAGAAUCGUGCACAGUGGUGCUGACAGGAACCAGAUGUCGCAGAACACGCCUGAUGCCUGAGACAUUGUUUUUUAGCCUAAAACAGAUUUUACAUUUUCAUACCAAAAAAGCUUUACUACUAUUUUACCAUUAAUCAUGAAAUAUUAUAUACAUACAAAACCUAUAUCGCCCACAAAACUGGAUUGUAAAUAAACGCUAUCUGUAUUUGUGUUGUCAUGGCGACACCUGGUUCCGAUCACCACCACGGUAAAGAAAUCAGAGUCAGUAAGUUUCUACUGAAUGAACCAUUUCACAUAAAUACCACUCUAAAUGACUCUCAACGAUUUAGGCAGAAAUUUAGAAAAAUCUGUGGAAUCUCUCUUUAAAGGUGUUUAAGGGUGAAAUUAAUGUGAGGUUGUGUGUGUACAUUUUAUCACGACACUGUGAUUCUCAACAUCAACCUCUAAUUUAUUCAUGUGGUCUAGUCUUUAAAAAAUCCACUUUAAAAAGAAUUUGGCCGAGUUGAAUCCAGAGAGGUGUCCGUAUUUGUAUAAAAGCAAGACAAGAAGUGAAUCUGUGUGCAUGUUUUAUUUGCACCUUCUGUAAAUGUCCCGAUUUUGGACAUUACCUCAGUAGAACAAGCUGCACUGUUAGAAGGCAGAAACUGCGGCACAUAUUUGAGGAAGGCAAGCUGGAUAAAUACGCCAGUGUUAAUUAGUACGGAUACCUAAUCAAAAGGUAAUCACUGUCAUUAAUCACUACAUUAAUUGCGCGCUUUUAUUUAUUUUAGUAAUUCAAUCCACUGCCUGUUUUGUAGUCAAGCACAUAAGCCACUUUAAUUUUCACAGAAAAUAAACCCCUUAAUUGUGAUUUGAGUUGGAUUAUUUACUUGCUCAACAGCCAUUUCUGCUUAAGCCUUUCAGGGAAGAUUUUGUGGAGCCUCAGACAUCCGUGGAAGUACUUGCAUGUGUAAAUUGUUAUAAAAUAAUAGGAU